AUGGCGAUAGCCGUGCUGUCGUUCCUAAGCUUUGCGACGUCCACGGUCGCUGCAGGUAUGACGUCGUUAGCCGACGCGGUUUCGAUGUCGGUGGUUGCUGCCCAAAACAACAACGGCGGCGGGUACACUACCGAGUUGUUCGACUGUCUGGCAAACGUGACGCGAACGUACUUUGACCGGCGGACUGUUUACAUGUACUUCCGACGGUCAGGAGAAGUGGAGUACGCAGCCGCGGUGGAUGCGUUCGCCAUGGCCGUGCAAAGCCCCAAAGUGAUCGUGCCAUAUUCGUCGUUCACUGCCGACGCCCCCCUGCAGCAGCAGCAGACGAGGGGCAAGGUCUUCGCGUUUCUGGCCGAGGACAUGCUGUACACGCAACUUCUGAACGCAACACAGCGGAGCCACUUCGUGGCAGUGUGGACGAGGCAGAUGCCCAUGAACAACAUCCGGCGCACAUUCCGACACUUUUGGGACGCGGGCAAGCAUGUAAACGUGGUCGGGUUGGUUCGGAUGGACGGCGGUGGCGUGAACGCGUAUACUUACCGGCCGUUCUCCAACUACGGGUGCAACAAGCUGGGACGCCCGUUCCUACUGGACCGGUGGGUGGACGGGCGGUUCGGGGUGGGCGCUGACCUGUUCUCCAGCAAGCCGAAGACCGGUAACAUGCUCGGCUGUCCGCUGCGGUGCGCCGGAAAUGAACACCCACCCGACACGGUGUUGAGGCCCGGCGAUGGCACUGCACAGCGGCCGCUGUGGACCACGUCCGGCGUCGGUGGCAAGGUGUUAGAGAUCGUGGCCAGACACAUGAACUUCACGCCGGUCAUCAUGUCACCGAAGGGCGGUGCAUCCGAGAUGUUCAGUUGGUACAACAGCGCUGAAGUUCUAGAGAACAUAACGGCCAUGCUGUACGCAGAGGAGGCCGACUUGGCGUUCGGCUGGUACUCUUAUGCCACGCACAACAGUGCGUACAACACGGAGCUGGCUCGAACCACGAGUAUCGACUGUCUGGGGUGGGCCGUUCCGUACAGGGCGGGCCCGCCGCCACAGCCUUGGACAAAUUACGUUUACGAGUUUGACAAAAUCGGAUGGUUGUUCAUCGGCUCGAUGUUCGUAGUCGUUGUCGGUGUGUUCCAUUUCUUCCGAAAGCUGAAAAAGCUGCACCGCGUGGACUCUGUGGUAUUUUUCGUGUACCACACAGCCAUAGACCAGCCGCUGGGCGUGCUGCCUGUCUGGUGUAGCCUCCGGGCGUUCAUGGUGCACUGGCUCUGGUACUGCAUGGUUAUCAAUGUGGCUUACAAAGCAUCGCUGGGCAGCUUCAUGACGGUGCCCGCACACGGAGCAGAGUUCACUCGGAUGGAAGAGAUCCUGAACUCGGCGCUGAUCACGAUGGCUACGCCGCAGUCGAUGCACAUUAUGAACGUGACUACGGCCACCACGCGGAUAUCACGGACGUUCAUGAAGCGGCUCCAGCUGUUGCCGCCUACCAACUUCGAGCGGGUCAUCGACCGGCUGGUGGUCAAGCGUGACAUCGCUCUGUUUGAGGUCAAGCGGUUCAUGUACUACUACUCCAUACCACAGGCUAAACGCAUCAAAGUCAAGAUACCCAUAAGGUUCCUGCCUGGCUGUCUGUUGCGUACGCACACCACGCAGUUUAUGUUCAACGGUGGCUCGUACCUCAUCGAGCCGGUCAACGCCGUGCUCAGCACGCUAUUCGAGACCGGCAUCGUCGACCACUGGAUCACGCACUUGGGCUCCAACAAGGUGCUACCGCUGGAGAAGAUCCGUGGACGGGUGCUCAAGCUAGUCCGGCUCAAGGAAGCGUUCCUGUUCCUGUUUUUUAGCUAUGCCGUCGCGUCCGUCGUGCUCGUUGUCGAGAUCUGUUGGUCCACAAGACUGCACCGCCGAAUUUGGGGGAUCGUCCUCCAGCGACAACGCCCGGAUCGAUCCUGCACGAUGGUCACAAGUAGUAGUAGCACUGGCAAUAGCAGUGGCCGCAGAUCCUCUAGCAGUAACACAGUGUUUCCGUUCGUCCACUGA